CCGCCACCUGGUGGAUAUUUAACGCAGUUAAUCGUGCAUUUCUGUGUCGUGCUGAACUGGGAAAACGCUAAUCUGUCACUUCCGGUUCGUCUUCAUCGAAAGAAAUGGCGGACAUGGACGAACUGUUCGGGAGUGAUGGGGACAGUGACAACGAACAAAGAGUGGUCUCGGCAGUGGCGUCUGGCUCUGGUUCAGGUUCUGAAUCUGAGCCGGAGAUGCCUCGGUCCCGUUCCCAUAGUAACGUCUCCGGCAGCGACAGCGGGAGAGACGAUGAUGGACAAGACGGGGGAAAGCCCAACACCAAGGAGCUGUUUGGGGAUGACAGUGAAGAGGAACGCCAUAGCCGACACAGCGACAACCAAUCAAACCUGUCAGAACACUCAGGACACCAGUCGGACGCCAGCAUGCACUCGGAGCCCGAGGACAAUGACCAGUCAGACGCGGAGCUGCACAGUGGGUCGGAGAGAGGGCCCCAGGAGGAAGAUGGAGAUCGAAGGUCAGAGGCAGGCAGUCCAAUAUCGGGGGCGGGGAGCCCCAGGUCUGGGAGGGGCAGUGCUCGCUCUGAAAAGAGUAUCCAUAGCGACCCUGGCUCCCCCCAGUCGGCGCCAGGGACCCCCCAGUCGGCGCCCGGCACCCCCCAGUCGGCGCCCGGCACCCCCCAGUCGGCCCCCCAGUCUGUUCCUGGCACCCCCCAGUCGGCGCCCGGCACCCCCCUGUCGGUGCCCGGCACCCCCCUGUCAGACCCCGGCACCCCCCUGUCAGACCCCGGCACCCCCCUGUCAGACCCCGGCACCCCCCACUCAGGGCACGGCACCCCCCACUCAGAUGGGGAGGGGUCAGGCAAGGAGAACCAAUCAGAUGAUGAAAAGUGGGGAGCAGGGGCUAAGAGUGACCAAUCAGAGGAUGAGGAGGAGGAGAAGAAGCGGCACCAAUCGGACGAAGAGCGAGAGAAUUCUGAUGAGGACGGGGCGGGGAACAGGAGCAGGAAGAAGUCAGAGUCUGCGAAGGGCAGUGACAGCGAGGAUGACUUCGUCGGACAGAAGAACAAGAUGGCGUCUGCUUCAGACUCUGACAGUGAUGUUGGAGCCAAGAAGAAGAUGGCGUCUGCCUCAGACUCUGACAGCGACGUUGGAGCCAAGAAGAAGAUGGCGUCUGCCUCAGACUCUGACAGCGACGUUGGAGCCAAGAAGAAGAUGGCGUCUGCCUCAGACUCUGACAGCGACGUUGGAGCCAAGAAGAAGAUGGCGUCUGCCUCAGACUCUGACAGCGAUGUUGGAGCCAAGAAGAAGAUGGCGUCUGCCUCAGACUCUGACAGCGACGUUGGAGCCAAGAAGAAGGGAAAAGGUAAGAAGCCAGCAGCAGACGACCUGUUUGGAGAGGCAGACGACAUCUCAUCAGACAGUGAUGCUGAGAAACCCCCCACUCCAGGACAACCCCUGGACAACCCCUGGUGA